AUGGUUCAAUCCUUUGACUAUGGUGACAGUACGGGUAUCUUGACCGUAUAUAGUGGUACCUCAGGUGGCCCAUUUACUUACCAAUUCGAUAUUGGAAGUGGAUACGAUAAAUCAAUGAUAGAAAUUGUUGACCCUGACUUUGGUACUGGAAUUAUUAACAUUCCAGAAGGCGGUCUUAAAGACUCCUCUGAGUUGCAGUGA